AUGCCCAAUCUACUAACCACAACGUUCCUCCUAAGCGCCCUAGCACAUGCCUGCCAACGUGACUGGGACGCCCUCUCACGCCGCAUCCACCAACACGCCCCUUACAGCAAACAUACGAAACGCAGCCCCGUCCACUACCCCCCUGUCCUCACACCCACCGAAUCAAUCCUCGUAAACUCCUUUGACAACACAUCCCUUGCCGAGUGGUCCUACUACUACACCCAUGGCGACCAUUUGGGCUCCCACAACAGGAGCAUGGCUGAGUGGACGGCGGAGAAGUGGCGCAAUGCAGGUUUUGACGAUGCUUGGCUGGCAGAAUAUCCAAUUUGGUAUACAUAUCCGGAACACAGUAGGUUGAGGCUGCUACGGCCGGAUGGUAGUGUGCAUGAGGCGAACCUAGUGGAGGAUGUGCUGGCGCAGGAUGAUACGAGUGGGUAUCCGAAUUUGAUUCCGGCGUAUCAUGCUAUGAGUGCUAGUGGGAAUGUUACGGCGGAAUAUGUGUAUGUUGGAGCUGAUUUUCAGGUCGUGAAGAAUGCGGGCAUUGAGCUGGAGGGUAAGAUUGCACUAGCAAUGUAUGGUGGGAUUUAUCGGGGGACUAAGGUGAAGAACGCCCAGGAUAAUGGCAUGGUGGGAUGUGUUCUUUUUACUGAUCCGUUAGAUGACGGGGAGGUCACUGUGGAAAAUGGUUACGAGGCUUACCCAGGUAAAUACACUCCUAUGGCAGUUCUGCAUAGGAAUCAACUGACACCGGCAGAUGGACCUGCGAGAAAUCCGUCCUCGAUCCAGCGAGGCAGUGUACGAUUUUCUUCCCUGUAUUCCGGAGAUCCUACGACUGUUGGCUGGGCCUCCUCUUGGGACUCGCCCCGUGGGGAUAUCUCUCUAUACACUCCUUCUAUCCCGUCUAUACCCAUUAGUAUGAAAGAUGCCCUGCCUCUUCUUUCCGCUCUCGGAGGACACGGUGUAACGGCCAAAGAGGCAAACCGUAGUGGUUGGACUGGCGGCUUCAGCAACAUAACGUACGAUAGCGGUCCAGCGCCUGGAGCCCUUGUUCACAUGGAUCAUUUGAUGGAGAACAAGGUCGCCCCUGUUUGGGAUGUCAUUGGCGUUAUCAACGGAACUACGGACGAAGUCAUCAUCGUGGGGAACCACCGUGAUGCUUGGAUUAUCGGUGGUGCUGCGGAUCCAAACUCUGGCAGUGCCGUCUUGAUUGAACUAGCGAACGCUUUGGGGAAACUGGUUGCCAAGGGCUGGAAACCUAAAAGGACCAUAAUCCUUGGAUCUUGGGAUGCAGAGGAGUUUGGACUCCAAGGCUCGACUGAGUGGGUAGAGUCGCAUCUUCCCUGGCUCACGACCAACGCAGUCGCCUACCUGAAUCUCGAUAUCGCGGUAUCCGGUCCCAGGACUUCUUUCUCUGGAAGCGGUGAACUGCACACCAUGGUCGUCGAGCAGAUGAAGAAAGUCUUGUUUCCAGAAGGAUGGGGAGAUUUCUCAACACUCUACGAUAUGUGGCACAACACCACCAAAGGUCAAAUUUCACCUUUGGGCAGCGGAUCCGACUAUGCCAGUUUCUACCAAAACGGAAUCGCAUGUAUUGACAUCGGCUCCGACGGCGGCAAAACCGAUCCCAUUUACCAUUAUCACUCCAACUACGACUCCUACGCCUGGAUGACACGUUUCGGCGACCCAGGCUUCAAGAUCCACACCGCAAUCGGACAGUGGAUGUCACUAAUCCUGUACCACAUCGCCGACGACGCCCUGAUCCCCUGGGACCUUCCCAACGCCGCCCAAGUCCUCCAAUCCUACCUUUCCGAACUAAACUCCACAGUCACUGAAUCCGACUACCCGGGCCUAGACCUCUCGCCCCUCGAGUCCGCAAUCGCAGAAUUUGAGCACCAGGCCGCCCAUAUCGCGCAGGUAGCGGACACGGCGACGGCGUUUGGAGAUGAGGUCUUGUUGGGCGUGGUGAACGCUAAGUUUCGGGAUUUUUCGAGAGGUUUUGCGUCGCAGGGGGGUUUACCGGGUAGAGAGACAUUUAAGAAUGUGGUUAGUGCGCCGGGGAUUGACAAUGGGUAUGGGGCUGAUGUUUGGCCCGCGGUGACGGAUAGUGUGGGUAAAGGGGAUGAAGGGGCGGCGAAGCUGUGGGUGGAGAAGAGUGCGGCGGCUGUGUUGAGAGCGGCUGAGAUAUUGAGGGUGGGGAGUUGA